GACCGAUCGGCGAACCAGUCGAGCAGCUCAAGUGCGAAAGUGAGGAUCGAAAGACAGCUUUUUCGGAGGAGACAGUUCAGUGCCGGUGUUCCUAAGCAGGUCGACAGCCAAUAAUUGAACGAUCAAUUAAGAAUUUAACGGGGAAGAGAUCGUCGUAAGGUGUAUUGACGAGAUAGUGUGCAAAGUGCCAACGUCCGGAAUUGUGUGGCCUGGAGAGUUGCCGGGGGAAGAUCAAGAGGAAUAGUUAGCCGGGAAGAUCUGAAUCAAUACGGAAGGUGGUGAAGCUCGCGAUGAGGUCAUUACUACUAAUUGCGGCGGUGCUCGUCGCUGGAGCGCUGGCAUUGGACGAAGGCCAAGUGUGUGAACCGGGAAGCAACUUCAUGGUGGAGUGCAACAAAUGUCGCUGCUCGUCCGAUGGCAAGCUGAUGUCAUGCACGAGAAAGUUCUGCGUGCCGGACUCGUUCCAGAGUGACGACCCGGCACCGGCUGUGGCUCAGCUGCCAACGAUUGCUGUGGAUGAUGCCUCGGUGGCUUCGAAGGGAGACGAGGAGCAGGUGCACACCAACGGGCAGGUUUGCACCCCCAACGAGACUAAGCAGGAGGACUGCAACCGCUGCAAGUGCGCCGCCAACGGGAUCGGCUGGUUCUGCACCCGGAAGGCUUGCCCACCGAGGGAAAAAAGACACGCGUCCCGACAAAAUCCGCUGCAGUGCACGCCGGGAACAUCGUUCAAGAGCUCGGAUGGAUGUAACGAUUGCUUCUGCACCGAAACCGGAAUCGCUGCCUGCACGAUGAAGUUCUGCUUCAACGAUGUUGCCAAGGUCAAGCGGGAAGCUCCCAAGCUGGCCAAGCAGUGUGAACCGGGAAGUUCGUUCAAGAGUGCCGACGGAUGUAACGAUUGUUUCUGUACGGAAACCGGAAUCGCAGCUUGUACCAUGAAGUUCUGUUUCAAUAACAAGGUAAAGCGAGAGGCUCCAGCUGGUACCCAGUGCGUGAAGGGAACGUCUUUCAGGAGCUCGGAUGAUUGCAACACUUGCUUCUGUGGUGAAAAUGGUGUCAUCGCUUGUACCAGGAAGUUCUGCGUGCCCAAGGUUAAACGGGAUGUCCAGCAGCAGUGCGUUCCGGGAAGCACAUUCAAGGAUGCCGAAGGAUGCAAUGAUUGCUUCUGUACCGCUGACGGACGUGCAGCUUGUACGGAAAAGCUUUGCCUGAAGCCACAGAAGACGAAACGGGAUGCUCCUCAGCCGGAAAAGCAGUGCGAACCUGGAACCUCAUUCAAGAGUGCUGACGGUUGUAACAAUUGCUUCUGCACGGAAAACGGAAUCGCCGCGUGUACGCAGAAAUUUUGCUUCCCGACGAAGACGAAGCGACAGGUGGCCAUCGGUCAGGCGGUUCCCAAGGUGGACUGCAAGCCGGGAACGUCGUUCAAGCACUCGGACGGAUGCAACAACUGCUACUGCGGAGAGAACGGAAUCGCGGCCUGUACGCAGAUGUUCUGCUUCACGAAGGAGAAACGAGAUGUUGACGAGCUGCCCCAGUCGAAGCUUGCUCCCGGAACGGAGGGAUUCGAGUGCAAGCCGAACUCCCGCUUCAAGUACCAGUGCAACCAGUGUCGGUGUGACAAUACCGGAAAGUUUGCAGCGUGCACAUACAAAUUCUGCAUCGAGGGUGAAUACUGAGGCGGAGUAGUAGGAAGACCGUGAAUGGGACACCUGAAGAGUACUAAGAUCGAUUUAUUAUCUAUUUUAUUAAGAUAGGUUUUCUAUUGGGCAGGUCUCGAAGUGCCUGCUUGUACAAGUGCUCUCUUAUAAGAGAACUCAAUAAAGUAUAAUUUUGUUGUAAAAUA